CUCCCUCCCCCUUCAGCUCUCGCACUCCAACAAGUCUGCUACAGUGGGCUGAUUGUAUUGCACGCUCCACCUCGGCAUCGGUCCUCUUUCAACCGUUUCCAAAUUGUGUGGAGUUACACAAUAACACAGAGGGGAAAGCUUGGAUGAGACUGCCUGCAUCGUUCAGCCACUGCACAGAAAUAAUAUAGGCGGGACCUUUAGCUGCUUCCUGUGAUCACCAUGGACACCUUUUUCAGAAGGCACUUUAAGAAGAAGAAGGCAGGUGGGACAUCAGGAGCAGGUGGGGCAGAGUACUGUCGGCACAGGAGGCCCAGUGUGGCAGUGCCUACUAGCAAGGCCCGUCGGCACUCCAGUGCGGGUCUGCCCUCGGCCAUGCUCACCCAGCGCCGCCGUUCCAGUGCACAGCUGCAAGGAGUCCUCCCCAUCACAGGGGGUGUAUGUUCAGGUGGUGGCCGGGUGGUAAAGGCCCACCAUGGCCGCCGCCGCUCCAGCACCACCACUCCCAGGCUGCAUCCCCGCUUUGCUGUUCGGCGCAGACGGGCUGCCAAAAUCCGUACUAUUGACACCCAUCUCCUGGGGUCCUCCAUGCUUCUGGCCAGCCUCAUCCAGAUGACAGAGGAGGAGGGAAAUGGGACCGUGCGCACCAGGGAGCAGCAAGUGGAAGUGCGGGGAGAGGCCCGUGAGGGCGUCCUCUCCCUCUCCGACUCAGAGGACGAUGGGGACAGUGAGGGUGAUUGGGACAGCGAGGAUGACGAGAGUGAUUCAGAGGGCAAUGAGUCAGGGGGCAGUGAAAAGGAGAGCAGACCCUUUGAGUCAGGUGGCUUGAGUGAAUCAGAAGUGUUAGACUGUGAAUUGGAGGACACCACUUUAUCAUGGGACUGUGAUAUCACUCGGGGGGAGGCAGAAGCUGAAAAUCCCCAGCCCCUGAUCUGCACUCCUCGCUGCCUACGCCGCAACUCCUCCCACCUGCAGCUCACCGAUGGCGUCUAUUAUAGGAAGAACUCCCACGGCCUUUAUGGAUGCAAUCGUCAUGCAGGCCAACAUCGUCGGGUUUCAUCCAUCUCCAAGUCCAGAACGCCCUGGCCUGGGAAGGGGGCAACCCCACCCAGUCGGAGGAAUGCAGUGGCAGCCCGCCGGGUGUCUCUCUCACCCUAUCGGAAUUGCUCUGCCUGCUGGAGGAGUCCCGGCCGGCGGGGGUCCCUCAGCCCCCUGCAGGGCACCUACUACGACCCCCAACUGGAAACAUGGAGUGGGUUCCUCUCGAAAGCCAUCGCAAAGUCGGGCCUGCAGCACCUGGUUGCCCAGCCCAGUGCUUCGGCUGUCAUCAAGAGCGACCCGGACCGAGAAAUCCGCAGCACAGUGGACUGGAGCGAGAACGCCCUGUACGGGGAGCACAUCUGGUUUGAGACCAAUGUCUCCGGGGACUUCUGUUACGUCGGAGAGCAGCACUGCAUUGCCAAGACACUGCAAAAAUCUGUAACUAGGAAGAAGUGUGCAGCAUGCAAGAUAGUGGUCCAUACGAUCUGCAUCGAGCAACUAGAAAAACUCUCUCACACGGACGCAAUGACCCCAGUAGAAAGUCUCCCUGACCUGCCCAUUAAAGACUCAUCCUUUCGUAUUAAUUUUAGGUGUAAACCAUCAUUCCGGGAAUCAGGAUCAAGAAACAUACGAGAGCCCACCAUUGUCCGGCAUCACUGGGUCCACAGGCGGCGACAGGAAGGGAAGUGUCGACAGUGUGGGAAGGGUUUCCAGCAGAAGUUUGCAUUUCAUAGUAAAGAGAUAGUGGCCAUCAGCUGUUCCUGGUGUAAACAAGCAUAUCACAAUAAGGUCACAUGCUUCAUGCUGCAACAGAUUGAAGAGGCCUGCUCUUUGGGGGCACACGCUGCUGUUAUUGUGCCCCCCACCUGGAUCAUCCGUGUCCGGAGACCUCAGACAUCACUGAAGUCAAGCAAAAAGAAAAAACGGACCUCAUUCAAGCGCAAGUCUAGCAAAAAAGGAGCAGAGGAGGCCCGAUGGAAGCCCUUCAUCGUGAAGCCUGUUCCCUCUCAGCUCAUGAAGCCCUUGCUUGUGUUUGUCAACCCAAAGAGUGGGGGUAAUCAGGGAGCAAAAAUAAUCCAGUCCUUCAUGUGGUACCUCAACCCCCGCCAAGUUUUUGACCUAAGUCAAGGAGGACCCAAAGAUGGGUUAGAAAUGUACCGUAGAGUUCAUAACCUGCGUAUUCUGGCCUGUGGAGGGGAUGGAACGGUGGGCUGGAUCCUUUCUACUCUGGACCAGCUACAAUUGAACCCACAGCCUGCGGUGGCUGUACUUCCCUUGGGGACUGGGAAUGACCUGGCCAGGACCCUCAACUGGGGUGGGGGGUACACGGAUGAGCCAGUGUCCAAAAUCCUCUCCCAUGUGGAGGAUGGGAAUAUUGUCCAGCUGGACCGCUGGAACCUCAUAGUGGAACCUAACCUGGAAGCCAAUCAGGAAGAGAAGGAUGAACAGCAGACAGACAAGCUUCCCCUUGAUGUAUUCAACAACUACUUCAGCCUUGGUUUUGACGCACACGUGACAUUGGAGUUCCAUGAGUCCCGAGAGGCCAACCCUGAGAAAUUCAACAGCCGAUUCCGAAAUAAGAUGUUCUAUGCUGGGACUGCCUUCUCAGAUUUCCUGAUGGGCAGCUCCAAAGACUUGGCGAAACACAUCAAAGUCGUGUGUGAUGGCACGGAUCUCACCUCAAAGGUUCAGGACCUCAAGCUUCAAUGCCUCGUAUUCCUCAACAUUCCCAGGUACUGUGCCGGCACGAUGCCCUGGGGCAACCCCAGUGAGCACCAUGACUUUGAGCCUCAGAGGCACGAUGAUGGCUGUAUUGAAGUCAUUGGAUUCACCAUGACCUCUUUGGCAACGCUACAGGUCGGAGGUCAUGGUGAGAGACUGAACCAGUGUCGAGAGGUGACCCUCACCACUUCUAAGUCUAUCCCCAUGCAAGUGGAUGGAGAGCCUUGCAAGCUGGCCCCCUCCAUCAUUCGUAUCUCUUUGAGGAACCAGGCCAACAUGGUGCAGAAGACCAAAAGGAGGACCUCCAUCCCCCUUCUCAAUGACCAACAACCCAUUCCUGAGAGGCUUCGGAUACGUGUCAACCGCAUCAGCAUGCACGACUACGAGGCAUUACAUUACGACAAGGAGAAGCUGAAGGAGGCCUCAAUCCCAUUGGGCCUUAUUGUUGUCCCAGGAGACAGCGAUCUGGAAACAUGCCGUUCUCACAUUGAGAGGCUACAAGAGGACUUCAUCACCUUUCACCCGUCCUUUCAGCGACUGGUGCUCCAGGAGGGUGACGGGGCAAAAUCUAAAACCCUAUCCUCGCAGAAGCUCUCACCAAAGUGGUGUUUUCUGGACUCUACAACAGCAGAUAGAUUUUACAGAAUAGACCGGGCCCAGGAGCACUUGAACUAUGUAACAGAGAUCUCUCAGGACGAGCUCUUCAUCCUGGAUCCAGAGCUGGUUGUCACGGAGACAGUGGGUACCUCACCGGGAAUGCCUGACUUGGUGGAUUCCUCUGCAGAGUGCCCAGCUGGGACACGCCAGUUUGCCUUCCCAUCAUCCUCCUCCUCUCCACCCUCCUCACCAGUCCCCAGUCCGACCAGCCCGCACUCGGACAGCGAGGCCCUGGCUCGGCGAAACAAGAAGUCCCUCUUCUCCUCUCACUCCAGCUUCCCCUUUCCUGUCAAGAAGAGGAUCUUGGAGCUACAGAGGGCCACACAGCGGAAGCGUAUUUCCAGCGAUAGCUCGGUUGCCGAGGCACUGGCGCACAGCGACUCCCUGAGGUCCACAAAGCCGGCCCUCAGCAGGACGGGGGAAAAAAUUGUGAGUGUUCAUCGGUCUAAUACAACCGCAGCUGAUUUCAAACCAUCAGUCAGGUCUCAGAGGACUGCCUUGUGUAAUACAGAUAAAGUAUCAGCAGAUGUAUUAAUUGAAUGUGUGAAAAGCAGAGACCAUCAGAGGCUGAGAGAGCUCCACAAGCUAGGGGCAGACUUGGCAGUGCAGGACUCCAUGGGAUGCACUUUACUCCACCAUGCCGUUGAUGUGGGAAGCAAGGAGAUUGUCAAGUACAUCAUUGACAAUGCACCCAGCGAUAUCUUGGAUGUAACAGAAAAAGAGAGUGGGGAGACAGCAUUGCACAAAGCUGCCUCGCUGUGUCAGAGGACCAUCUGUCAUUACCUGGUGGAGGCUGGGGCUUCACUCAUGAAAACAGACCUGCAGGGAGACACUCCAAAACACCGGGCUGAGAAAGCCAAGGACCAGGAGUUGGCAGCCUACCUGGAGAACCGGCAGCACUAUCAGAUGAUCCAGCGGGAGGACCAGGAGACAGCAGUGUGACCAGCUUUUAUGCUUCUUUUAGUGCCAAACCACCUUCACCACCCUCCCAGGAAAAAAAAAAAAACAGUUUUAGGGAAUGCAUUUCACAGCUUCUGGCAUGUGGUCCAUAGACCCAAUGCACUGCCAACAGAAGGCUCCUAGGGCCAAGGGUAAGGCCAUGACUGUGAGGAUACCAGUCAGUUCUUCUUUUACUUCAUUGCACUGCCAAAAAAAGCAUCGUGUUUUUUUGUGUUAUGUCCAAAUGCAUGAAAGAGCUACUCUUCUACAGUAUAUCAUUGCAUCAUGGGGUUGUAUUGAGCUCCAUGGCGCCAUGUCCACUGAGACUGAAUGUUAUAUGAACGCAAAGGGAGUUUUAGGAGGUUUUUAGAUUUUAGGACAGGGAUAUUUUAAUGCCAAGAUGGUUUUACUGUUCUUCUUCAAAAUGAAACUUUUAAUGCAAUGUCUGUCCUCAUGCAUAAUUUGAAAGAAUAGAUGGAGAUGAACAAAAACCUCUAUGGAUUUAUAAGGGUAUUCUACUGCAGGGAAUGAAGGUAAUUGUCUCGAAUGGCAACUGAUCAUGAUAUUUGUGCGAUUGAAUAUUAGUUUUAGUAAGGAGAGAUGGAUGUUUAGACAUUUUUGCAUAACUGCAACAGAUUUAUUUGUAAUUGUUUUUAGUGAUUUGCUCACUUGUUUACUCAAACUGCGGUAUGGUGAUUCCACCUUGACUCUAAGUUAGAAGGGAAAAUUUUACACUGAAAGCUCCUUAUUUCAUACCACUGUACAUUUUUAAAGUCAAUGCUGUUCUCUAGAGAGAACUGUAUUGUAUUACUUGGUAACUGUAUUUCUCUAGCUAGUGGCUAGUAGAAGCUUCUGAGGCUUCCAAUAAGAAUAUUUGGUACUGUACACUCAUCGUAGUAGCUUGCUGUCAAAGCAGUUUGACAUUGCUGUUCUUAUUGCCUUCAUUUGUUUUCUUUCUUUUGGCUGAUUUUGAACUUUAUAUUUGGUGUACUGAAGUCUUGGCAUAUUUCAUAUUACAUUUUAAAGAAAUAGGUAUUUAUAUAAUGCAUAGCUGUAAAAAUUUACAGUUCUGUGUUUGUCGCAUUUGUAUUGUAAAAAUGUAAAUUUGAUAUAUAUUUUUUCAGAGGUAGACGGCUGUAUCUCUUCUCAUUACAUAUAAUCUGCCUUGCAAGGCAUCAGCAUGUUUACUUCUGAGGUUGUCUGAAAAAGGACUUAAAUUUUUUAAAUGUUUUUGUUUCUCUUUGCUAGGUAAUUCUUUCUUCUGUUAUAGUAUAAUGGUGAAAAUAGGUGGCUUUCAGAUUAUCUGAAAUUAUUUGUACAAGGCUUGGGUUGUAAAUUCCAAAGGAGGGCUGUUUUUUUUUUUACAUUUUAUUUUGUAGUGUCUUAAUUC